AUGCGGCGGCCGGCCGGACGCGUCCGCCGCCACCGGACACAUCGCCGCCGCCGCCCGCAGCCUACCAGAGGCGCCACGUGGCAGGCCCAUACGCCACGCCGCCGCCGGCCCGCGAGCCCGCGUCUGGCCCGCGGAGCCCGAGCCGCCGCCGCCCCGCGCGCGCCUCCUCCUCCAGCGCGCCCGCGCGCCGCCGCCGUCCUCCGCCUGCCUCCGCCGGCCGCCGUGCUACUCCGGCGACCACGCCGCCGCCUCGCCCCGCUGCCCUCGCUGCCGCCCGUGGCCGCGCCCCGCGCUCCGAGCUCCUCCGCCGAGCCCCGCCUCCGGCCGCUCCUCUCCCUCGCCGUCUCCCUCCUCUCCACGCCGGCCGUCGCCUCUGCUCCGGCGAGAAGCCCAGGCGAGCCUGGGCCGCGCCCGAUCCGAUCUGAGACGAGCCGGGAGACAAGUUCGUGAACGAGGAACCUAUUGAGUACGCUUACGAGGAUCAAGCUUUCGACAACUCUGAGAACCUUGCAG